CAGUGAACGCGAACAAACGUCCCCCAGCGGAGCUCUAGCUAACGGGUCCUUCGGACAGCAGUGCGCAAAGUGAACAAGGAAUCACCCAGCAGUACCGGUGAAGGCCCAGGAAUUAUUUGAGAUAGUCUCUUCGGAAAGCGCAGCACACAGAAACAACCCACGAUGGCCCUGGCCGAGAGCACCACCAAGACGGAAAUGACGCUGACGGAAACCUCGACGCCCGUCAUCUCGAAGGAGGUGAUCGUGGAGAAGUCCUCCGACGGGGUCUCGGAGAAGAGCAUCACGCAGUCGAAGAGCUACGGGUCGGCGAGCGAAAAGUCGAUGGUCGAAGAGUCGGCCAACUCGAUCACCAAGAAGCAGGAAAAGUCGGAGUCCGCGUUCGCGUCGGAGCGCAGCGUCUCGGAGGUCGUCUCCGACAACGGGGCCCUCGCCUCGUCGCUGCUCUCGUCGUCCUCCGUCGUCAGCUCGGUCAGCAGCAGCAAGGUGGUUUCGUCCUCGUUCAGCUCUUCGACCUCCUCCUCGAUCUCGUCCUCGUCGUCGAUCAAAUCGUCCUCAUCGUUCGAUUCCAGCUCCGCCAUCGACGAGUUCUUCAAAAACUGAGCGCCCGACCCGGCCUUGUGAUCACUACUUUAUGAUUUUAGGUUCUCAUUCGGUUUCUUUUCGUGCGUGGAACCUGCCGGCAGCUGGCUGAGCGUCUUGAUAUUAAUGUUUCGCAAACAAAAAGGCGCUUUCUUCGCGCCUUUCCCACUUUUCCCCCCGUCUCGACAGAACUGAAAUGUAUCAAAACAAAGCAUAAUUUAAUCUUUCACACCGACCAAGCCGUGCGUGUUCCGAGUAUCUUAAGCAAUGUGCGUGGAUGUGGAUAAAGGAAUAAACCAGAAAUGGAGAACA